CGAAUGACAAUCAUUCAUUUUGUCGUCUCAAAAUAACGGAGCAGGAAGCGACAUUUCUGAUUCCGUCUAAUAAAUAAAUCCUGGGAAGUGGCAGAAAAACAAAAACAAAAAACAGAUCCUGGUCACAAGACAGUCCUGUGAUGCGAGAGUGGGGAGGAGAAAAUAUUAACGUGAUGGUGAUGAUGUGACCCUGCUUACAGCCAAACCAUCCCGUUCCUGUCCCUUCAUCCGUGCCGGCUGCUCUUAAAAACAAAACUAUUCUUCUGUCCGGUAACCAGAUAGGGUUCUCGAAUAACAAAUGAGCUCCGAGGCCUAUCGGUUUCGUUACCCGUGAGGAUACUGACAGGUUGCUGUUCUGUUAUUGCCUGAACGACUCAUUUGACUUUGUCUUUCCAGCUGCCAAGAUGAUACACAGCCUUUUCCUGGUUAACGCAUCGGGGGACAUCUUUCUGGAGAAGCACUGGAAGAGUGUGGUCAGCCGAUCCGUCUGCGAUUACUUUUUCGAGGCCCUGGAACGCGCCACGGAACCGGAGAACGUUCCUCCGGUGAUCUCGACCCCCCAUCACUACCUCAUUAACGUGCUCCGCCACCGCAUCUACUUCGUGGCCGUCAUACAGAGCGAAGUGCCUCCUCUGUUUGUCAUCGAGUUCCUCCAUCGUGUGGUGGACACGUUUCAGGACUAUUUUGGGGUUUGCACAGAAGCAGCUAUUAAAGACAAUGUUGUUGUGGUCUAUGAGCUGCUGGAGGAGAUGCUGGAUAAUGGCUUCCCACUGGCCACCGAAUCAAACAUCCUAAAAGAGCUCAUUAAACCUCCCACCAUCCUGCGCACAGUGGUCAACACCAUCACAGGGAGUACUAACGUUGGUGAGCAGCUUCCUACGGGUCAGCUGUCCGUUGUACCGUGGCGGCGCACAGGUGUCAAAUAUACCAACAAUGAAGCUUAUUUUGACGUGAUUGAAGAAAUCGAUGCUAUCAUUGACAAAUCAGGAUCAACUAUCACUGCAGAGAUUCAAGGAGUGAUAGAUGCCUGUGUGAAACUUACAGGAAUGCCUGAUCUCACCUUGUCAUUUAUGAACCCUCGACUCCUGGAUGAUGUCAGCUUCCACCCCUGUGUUCGGUUCAAGCGCUGGGAAGCCGAGCGAAUUCUAUCCUUCAUCCCACCAGACGGCAACUUCCGCCUCCUGUCCUACCACGUCAGCUCUCAGAACCUGGUGGCCAUCCCAGUGUAUGUAAAGCAUAACAUCAGCUUCAGAGAGGGCAGUUCUCAGGGUCGUUUUGAGCUCACCCUCGGCCCAAAGCAGACUAUGGGUAAGGCGGUGGAAUCUGUCCUGGUGAGCAGUCAGCUGCCCCGUGGUGUCCUCAACGCCAACCUCAACCCCUCACAGGGCACCUACACUUUUGAUCCCGUCACCAAGCUUUUGUCAUGGGAUGUGGGUAAGAUAAACCCGCAGAAAUUGCCCAGUUUAAAAGGAUCUAUGAGUCUCCAGGCUGGAGCCUCCAAACCUGAUGAAAACCCAACAAUCAACAUCCAGUUAAAGAUUCAACAGCUGGCCAUUUCAGGUCUGAAAGUAAAUAGGUUGGACAUGUAUGGCGAGAAGUACAAACCUUUCAAAGGCAUCAAAUACAUGACCAAGGCUGGCAAAUUUCAAGUCCGAACCUAGAUGACCUCAUUCUUCUUCCAUUCCAUAAUUUAUUCAAUUGGUUUACGGCAAAUGGGGACAAAGAGAGGGAACAAGUUUGAGUAAAUACAUUUCCUUUGGAAUGCAUUUCAGGAUAAAUUCAGGAAAAUGUGUGAUAAGACUGUCGGCCAUUAAUGGGAGCAUGUGACGUCCAGAGAAGGCCAUAUUGUUAUUAACACUAUCAAAAUGUGCUUUUACAGGUCCAUCCAAUUUAAAGGGACAGUAACUACAUUUCUGAGCCUCAUUUUCUCAUUUACAUUUUUUUUUUUUGCAGCUGCUUUGGGUUACUGUUGCUUUCAAUCUCUUCUUCAUACCCUCUCUUAGUUUAUUUCUUUUUUUUACAACUCUUUACUUCACACUGUAUUACCAUCUACAAUUUUCUGGGUCUUAUUCCUUCAUUAGAUGGAGCUGCACUGUUAUGUAUUGAUCUGUGCUCUCUUCCUCUGAGGAGUGAGUCAAUAGGUGACUCAUUUCUGCAUUGCAGAACAAUAAUCUAUUACUACCAUUACAUACUGACUUUGUCCUCCGUCCCCAAUGAUUGUGUGCAAGGUAAAGCAUUUUUGACAUUGUAAAACACAGAACUUUUUCUUUGUUUGUUUUUACUGUAGUAUUUUGAUCGUAUACAACUUUUGUUUUAAUGUUUCUUUUAUUAUUUAUUGCCUAUCUGACAAUAAUCAAACUAUUUAAUUCAUAACUGACCAUAGCAAUUUUUAAUAAUGCUUAUGUGGUGCUUGAUUGUUCAUUGUCUCAUGUUUUACCCUGAAUGCUACAUGCAUUAAAAAAAAAUCAAUGAA